CAUGCUCAACCAGUCAAACGACUCAAACCCCUAUUGGGACAGUACAGAUCAAUUUUGGUGGAUCAUUCCGCAAAUCCUAAUUCAACACCGUUUGUUAAGUUGCUGCAACCUUCAAAAAUUAAAUUAAAUCCAACCUUCUUAACUACUGCUAACUCAACCAGUCAACCGAAACCUCUAACCUUCAUCAAUGGCGGAACAAACCUCUGUUCCCGAAAACCCCCAAAACACCCCUGUUCCCGAAAAUCUCCUACAUUUUGGGAAGCUUCAAUUCGGCUGCGAGCAUUACAAGAGACGAUGCCGAAUUCGAGCACCAUGUUGUUAUCGCAUUUUUACCUGCCGCCAUUGUCACAACGAAGCUAUAAACUCUUUGAGCAAUGUUAAGGAGCAUCAUGAGAUUAAUCGGCGUGAUAUUAAACAAGUUGUUUGUGCAGUUUGUGAAUUUGAACAACCGGUAGCAAAGGUCUGCUGUAGUUGUGGCGUUAACAUGGGUGAGUAUUUUUGUGAGGUGUGCAACUUCUAUGAUGAUGAGAUUGAGAAAAAACAAUUUCAUUGCACUGAGUGUGGAAUUUGUAGGGUUGGUGGGCGUGAGAACUUCUUUCACUGUCCAAAGUGUGGUUCUUGCUAUACUGUGAGCCUGCGUGACAACCACGAGUGUGUGGAAGACUCUAUGAAGAAUUCUUGCCCUAUCUGCUACGAGUACCUUUUUGACUCAACCAAAGGCACACUAGUUAUGAGAUGUGGACAUACAAUACACAUGGGUUGUUAUGAAGAGAUGUUGAAUCAGCAGCAGUAUCGAUGCCCCUUAUGCUCCAAGUCAAGUAUGGACAUGGCAAGAAACUGGGAAAAAUUGGAUGAGGAGAUUGAAGCUACUAUCAUGCCUGAUGAGUAUCGAUAUGAGGUAUCAAUCCUCUGCAAUGAUUGCAGUGUUACAAGCAUAGUGAAAUUCCACAUAUUUGGGCACAAGUGCAGUCAUUGCAAUUCAUAUAAUACUCGUGUAACACAAAAGCAAAUUCCUCAGGAGGAGUCGACAUCAGAUAACUGAUUCAUUCGUCCACAUCAAUUUUGUAGUAGACAUUAAAACACUGCUAUUAUACAAGCAUUCAGAUUGGCUUCUGUUUGUAAUAUUCUAGCUUUGAGUUUCUUGGAUGGUCAGGUUCUGCAGUGGUUGUUGUUAGCAACAUUGAUCAUUGUUCGCUGGAAAGUAUUCAGCAGCUAGAAUUAAGUCGAUUUACCAAUAGGCACAAGGUUUUAUUAUGUAUGAAAUUCAUUUUGUUCUUGUGGGACAGAGAGGCUGGUUAUUAUUAAAGUAAUAUUAACAUUUUGCAGAAGAUGAAAAAAUGUCA